AUGUCGCUCAAUCCAGAACCCUCCGCGCCCGAGGACCGUGACGCCCAAAGUCUUCCCCCCAAGUCCUAUGCCGAAGCUGCCGAAGAAGCUAUUCCCAACGGCUCGCACCCCAUUGGUGUCUAUAAUUCGAGGGAACAAAAACUGAAGAAUGUGGAAAACAUUCAGAGAAAUGGAAAGAUCACAAUCCCUUCCGGGGACGAGAAAGACCAGUACGAGGGCGAGGGGCUCGACAGCAGUCCGAAGAGUCCGACUAGAGGCCACAAACGCACCUCCUCCCGAAAGUCGAACGGUUCCAUUGGCCGCAAACAGGGCGAAAAUAUUAGUAGUACUGAGGUGUACGAAAAGUUUCAGGACGGCAACGGGCGGGCUCUGACGAGCGCGAAGCCACCCGCCGAGUAUGAGAAGGACGCUCGACAGGACGACGGACCAUCAUUAACCACUGGGAGAGAAGCGGGUGCUGGGUGGCACAAGAGCAAGAUUCGAUGGGCACCUUUCAACGUUCCCGUCAAGCGCCGCCUCCAGACUCUAGCCGUCCUCAUGCACACCCUCAGCAUCGCGGGUCUCCUCGCUUUCUUUUUCUUCCUCUGCAGCAUACCGUUGCUGUGGCCCAUUCUCGUUCCCUACCUUAUCUACGCGUUAAUGUCAAAUGCCGGCGUAUCCGGCGAGCUGUACUUCCGCAGCGAACGAUGCCGGCGCCUCCCAGUGUGGUCUCUCUUCGCGUCAUACUUCCCGAUGCGUCUGCACCGGACACAGGAACUUGAACCUACAAGGAAAUACAUUUUUGGCUACCAUCCGCAUGGAAUCAUCUCGCAUGGUGCCUUCGCUGCCUUUGCGACCGAGGCAUUAGGAUUUGGACAAUUGUUCCCUGGCAUCACCAAUACUCUGCUCACCUUGGACUCGAACUUCCGCUUGCCCUUGUAUCGAGAGUAUGCCCUUCGAAUGGGACUUGCUUCCGUUUCUCGAGAGUCUAUCCAGAACAUUCUGUCUCGAGGUGGUACAAAUGGCGAGGGAAUGGGACGCGCAGUCACCAUCGUCGUUGGUGGCGCUCGUGAAGCACUAGAGGCCAGGCCAGGUCACCUACGCCUCGUUCUGAAGCGACGCAAGGGAUUCGUCAAGCUUGCUAUCCAGUCUGGUGCCGAUCUUGUACCUGUUGUCGCCUUCGGUGAGAAUGACAUGUACGACCAAUUCGACCUCACCAAACGUCCUCUCUUCAAGAAGCUACAGAUGAUAGUCAAGACCGUCUUCGGGUUCACAGCUCCCCUAUUUCACGCCCGUGGUAUUUUCAACUAUGACGUUGGUUUAAUGCCGUACCGAACGCCCAUCAACAUUGUUGUCGGCAAGCCCAUCCUCGUUAAGCAGGAAUCGCACCCCGACCAGGCCACGAUCGAUGAGCUGCAUGCUCAGUACGUCGCUGAGUUGCAGAAGCUAUGGGACAAUUGGAAGGACACGUUCGCGACAGAGCGCGUCGAAGAGAUGAAGUUCAUCGAGUGA